AGGCCCAGUUGCUGGGAAAAGGAGGCCCAUGUGAUGCAGUGAUUUCCUGCCCACUUCCUGGCCUCUGGGGCUUCUCGUGCGGUGCUCAUCUGCUCUCUCUGGCAUCCUCCUGCAUUGCCGAUCAAUGAAUUGAAGCGCUCUGGAGGGGACACCAUGUUGCGCCGGAAGCCAUCCAAUGCCAGUGAGAAGGACCCAGUCCAAAAGAGGAAGCUGUCACUGCAGCGGUCCAGCAGUUUCAAGGACUUUGCCAAAUCCAAACCCAACUCCCCGCUGAUGAACGACAGGGCGUUCAGCCUGGAAGAGGAAGAGGUCCCUGAAGGCAACCAGCCCAACCCACCACCUAGCCCCGAUGACUUGGGACGCUCCAAGCUGGGCAAGCGAUGGAGAGCCGCCAUUUCCCGCACCAUGAACCGGAAGAUGGGCAAGGCCGUGGCUAAAGCAUUGGUAGAUCAGGAGCAGGUUGAACCUGAGACUCCUGCAUCUCCAGCCCACAGCCCUGUUGAAGACGAAGCCCCCAUCUUUCCAGCCGCAACCCAGGAGACCAACAGCCCCUGUGCCUCCAAUGAAAGGGAAUUGUCCAGUCCCACAUCGAGCAGCCUUUGCAACAAGGAAGAUAUCAGCUCCACCCCAUACGACGGCCCCUUCUGUGGAAAAGCCAGGGUUCAUACAGACUUUAUUCCCAGCCCCUAUGAUAAAGACUCACUGAAACUUCAGAAAGGAAAUAUCAUUCACAUCAUUGCAAAACCUCCUGUCGGCACCUGGACUGGCCUUCUGAACAACAAAGUGGGCUCCUUCAAAUUCAUCUACGUGAGCAUCAUCCCUGAAGAACCCGCAUCCACCACAAAGACCUGUUCGCGGCACAGGAGCAAAAGGCCCAAGCCCAAGACGCUGCAGGAGCUGCUGCAGCGGAUGAACCUUGAGGAACACACCUCUACGUUGUUAUUAAAUGGUUACCAGACCCUGGAGGACUUCAAGGAGUUGCAAGAGAACCACCUGAAUGAAUUGAACAUCACUGACCCACAGCAUCGUACCAAACUGCUCACAGCAGCAGAUCUACUGCUGGAUUACGACACAAGCAGCGAAGCUGAAGAUGAAGGAGGAACCUUGGCGAGCCAGCUAUUUCCUGGAGAGGCCAAGGGAGACAUUCCCCGGGAUUCUGGCUGUUUCGAAGGAGCAGAGACUUUGGACAAUGGGCGGGAAGAUGGGAAGCUGGAGGAGGGGCUGCAGUCCCAUUCCCUGACCAGCUCAGGCUGAGAUAAGACUCCUCUCUCUGCAUCC